AUGGCUAAGAAUAUUCAAAAAAUUUAUGAUGAUCCUAAGGAGCCUCUUUCUUGGCCAAUUUGCUUUAAUUUAAAUAAAAAGAUGGAAUAUAUAGGGAUUAAAGGUAAUGCUAUAGCUGAACAUAAUCAUAAAGAAUUUGAAAAGCAUUCUGGUAUUCAGCAAAAUGCUAUAGAUUUUCUGUUACCUUUAUCAAAUCAUUUUAGAGAUUGA